AUGGCGUUAUACAACACUCGCCUCUGGCUCUUUCUCGAAGACUACGUCUACUACCAACCGCCCAGACCGCGAGUCCGGCCCAAAGACCGGCCAAUGCAAGUCAUCUGCGUUGGGCCACCACGAUCAGCGACCGAAUCCCUUCAACACGCUCUACUCAAACUGGGCUACGAACAUACAUACCAUGGCUGGGACGUCUUCUUCGAGGAGGCCCAUAACAUGCGCGGCUGGGCCAAACUCGCACGAAGGAAGUUUCUCGGCACUGCAGACAGCGGUGGAGACUGCGAAAUCACGGCAGCGGAGUUCGACGCUCUUCUUGGACACGCUGUGGCCGUCUGCGACGUUCCUGCUUCCGCAUUCGCCGCCGAGAUCAUCAAGGCCUACCCUGAGGCCAAAGUGAUCAUCAACAAGCGCUCUAAUCUCGAAAGCUGGCAUGCCUCGAUAGAGAAGAACAUUGUCGCCACCGAGCACAGCUGGGUGCUGUAUCUUGCGUCGUGGUUCCAAAAGGACUUUUUCUGGGCCUGGACGACUGGCCAGCGCAUUGUGUUCCCAGGGUUGUUCCGGUGCAUGGGACAGAGUCUCGACUUGGGGAUCAUGGGCAACGGAAAAUGGGUUUAUCGGGAGCAUUGCGCCAUGGUGAAGGGUUUGGUCAGAGAGGAAGGCAGGUUGUUGGAGUGGAGCGUCGAAGAAGGCUGGGAGCCGCUUUGUAGCUUUUUGGGAAAGGAUGUGCCAGCGGAGCCAUUUCCCCAUGUUAACCUUGCUGCUGGCUUCCACGAUAGAGUUGACAGGGAGACACGGGCAUGGAUGCUGGGCGCGGUGAGGAACUUCACUAUCGGCGUGGCUCUGGUGGCAAUAACGGUCACACUCGCUUGGAAGGUCUCAGCGUUCGGUUCCGCAGAAUAG